CACAUUACCGACCUCGGAUACAAAGAAUUUGAAGCAGAAUACGUGAUAACAGUUCUUAGCAUCAUGGGCAUGAUUGGACAGAUGUUUUUCUCCUGGGUCGGAGACUAUCUGAAGGGGAAUUUACUGUUGGCGAACUUGGUUGCAGCAGCUUUGCUCGCAAUUAAUAAUAUCAUCGCCGCAUAUUCGACAUCAUUAACUGGUGCGUUUAUAUACAGUACCGUCUCAGGUCUAGCUUUUGGUCCAUUUCACGCCGGUUACUUUGCUGUCACUAACGAGAUCAUGGAAGGAGAAAACGUUCGCUCUUUAUUCCUGACAAUGCGUUUCAGUAAAGGCAUCGGAGCUACGUCAGGACCGUAUUUGGCAGGUUAUAUCCGUGACGUCACAGGGAGUUACUCCGCAGUUUUUCUAACUAUUGCACCAUGCUUCGGUGUGUUUGUCCUUGCAGCAGCUUCUGUAAUAUUUAUCAAAAAGUGGAGGGACUUGCAAAGUAUAGAACUAAUGAAGCAAAGGAAUACAUGAAGUUUUGACGAAAUUAUUCAAAAUCGUGCAGACU